AUGGUAGCUGUGGAGCCGACCUACUUGAAUCCAGUGCUGGACCGUUUGUCCGAUGCUGCCGGCUACUUCACGCCCCGACAAUUCAGCCACGCGCUGACCGCCCUUUCCCUCCUCUCGGGGGCCCAGGCCUCCUCGCCAGGAGGACCCAUGGCAGGAGCCAUCGCAAAGAUCUUGGCCGUGCCUCCACUCUUCCUCCACCAACUACCGAGCACCUUGACUUUGCAGACUUUGGAGGCGCUUCUGAAGCUCAACUGUCUCUCUUCGCCUGUUGCAGAGGUCUUGCUUCGCGAGCUGCCCAAUGCCUGGCAGCUCAGCAAAGAGGAGCUUCUUCGUCUUCUGCACAUCCUUUCCGAGGCGGCUCCUCGUGCAGGAAAGCCAGGCGUGCGCUUGCAUCUCCUUGCGGUCGCACUUUGCGACGCGCGCGCCGCUCUUCGGGGUCGGCUGAGGGGCGCGGAGGGCCUCUCCGAGGAGGAGCUUCUACAAGCUCUGAUGGCUUGCGCCGAGAUACAGUCUUUCCUCGAAGACGUGGACAGCGAGUCCCCCACCAAACCUCUGCAAGAUCUCGCCAAGGCCGAGCAAAGCCUCGGCAGCUGGCUGCAGAGGCGUGCCAUGCAACGCUAUGACCUGUCCGGCGGGCGCAGCUUCGAGAAGCUGCUGCUGACGGAGCUCUCUGCCGGAGGCCCCGUCUCGCCCCGAGCAGCGCAAGCCCUGGCAUUGCUGCGGCCCUCGGAUUGCUCCAGGCUCUGCCAGGCCUUAGGCCAAUUCGCACGCCGAGAGCGGAAGAACGCCGCGCAGCCGAGGAGCCCCCCUGGCCCUGCCAUCCCGGGUUUCGUCGCGAAGUUGGUCCCCGCUUUGGUGCAUCGCCUUCUUGAGCAAUUGGAGCUUCUUUCGGCUGAGGAGAUGGUGUGCGCGUGGUCUGCACUCUCUGCAGAUCUUUGCUACAGUGAUGAUUACCUGUGUGAUCGCUUCUCCAAUGCUCUGAUGGUGCGCAUCUUUCCCGUUCGGGGAGAGGCUCAUGCUGCAGCACUGGGCCAAGCCUUGGCCUGCGCGGCCAGCAGUGCCGCACCUUUUGCCGAACUUCUGCAAGCCGGAGUUGAGGAACUCCAUGGCUGGAACCGCGAGGAUGAGCAGCUUGAGCAGGCCAUGUGCCGGAGCCUGGCGCUGGACGUCCAAGAGCUCACUGAUGGAAGGGCUUCCCCCUGGACGUGGCUGCAGCAGAUUCGCAGGCACUACACAAAUGCUGCAGAGGUGCUGAGCCCUGCGGAGGAUUCCUGGGUGUUGAAAGCUUCAGCUGUGGAGGAUCUUUGUUCAAGCUGGCACGCUUUGCGAGGCCGGGGGCAGCCUUCUCCUUGCAAAGUCAAGGAAUCCCAGCAAGUCGAGGGAAGCGGCGACGUGGAUUCGCACGAAGAAUCCGCUACUGCCAUCUCACCGUAG